GCUGCUUCCGGGUUGGCCCCGGCGGUGACGUGUCGGCGGGCUGACAGCGCCGGGUGGCGGGCGGGGGCCGCGUGCCGGGCGGCCGCUUCCGGGAGUUAGGAAUAAGCCGUUUCUGGUGAACAGGCUCCACUUAACUAAAACAAUGUUUGCAGAUUUGGAUUAUGAUAUUGAGGAAGAUAAACUGGGGAUCCCCACUGUACCUGGGACAGUGACCCUGAAGAAGGACUCUCAGAACCUGAUUGGGAUCAGCAUUGGGGGAGGAGCACAGUACUGCCCCUGCCUCUACAUUGUCCAGGUAUUUGAUAACACUCCAGCAGCCUUAGAUGGCACCGUAGCGGCCGGUGAUGAAAUCACAGGUGUGAAUGGGAAGUCCGUCAAAGGGAAGACGAAGGUGGAGGUGGCCAAGAUGAUACAGAUGGUAAAGGGAGAAGUAACAAUUCACUACAACAAGCUUCAGGCCGACCCAAAGCAGGGCAAGUCUUUGGAUAUUGUAUUGAAGAAGGUAAAGCAUCGACUGGUAGAGAACAUGAGCUCAGGAACAGCAGAUGCCCUGGGGUUAAGCCGAGCCAUACUUUGCAACGAUGGACUAGUGAAGAGAUUAGAGGAGCUGGAGAGGACUGCAGAGUUAUACAAAGGCUUGACAGAGCACACCAAGAGUCUUCUCAGGGCUUUCUUUGAGCUAUCCCAGACACACAGAGCAUUUGGAGAUGUUUUCUCUGUCAUUGGUGUACGGGAGCCUCAGCCAGCUGCCAGUGAAGCCUUUGUGAAAUUUGCUGAUGCCCAUCGCAACAUUGAGAAGUUUGGGAUUCACCUUCUGAAAACAAUUAAGCCGAUGCUUACUGACUUGAAUACAUAUCUGAAUAAAGCCAUUCCUGACACAAGGCUGACUAUCAAAAAAUACCUGGAUGUCAAGUUUGAAUAUUUGUCUUACUGCCUGAAAGUCAAAGAGAUGGAUGAUGAAGAGUACAGCUGCAUUGCUCUGGGCGAACCCCUCUACCGGGUCAGCACCGGGAACUAUGAAUACCGCCUUAUCCUGCGUUGCCGGCAGGAGGCUCGCACACGCUUUGCCAAGAUGAGGAAGGACGUGCUAGAGAAAAUAGAGCUCCUGGACCAGAAACAUGUGCAAGACAUCGUGUUCCAGCUCCAGCGCUUUGUCUCCACGAUGUCCAAGUACUACGACGACUGCUAUGCCGUGCUCCGAGAUGCAGAUGUCUUUCCCAUUGAGGUGGACCUUGCCCGCACGACUCUCAACUAUGGGCAGAAGGACACGUACACGGACGGGGCGGAAGAAGAAGAGGAAGAAGAAGGAGGAGGAAGUGAGAGAGAGGGUAGCGGGAAGGAGGAGGCAAAUGGUGAAAAGCUCAUUGAUGAUGCCUGAGUGUGCCAGCUUGGCCAGAGGAAGGACUUUGCAGACUGUUAUAAAAACAUGUAUUUCACAUGGCAAUUCAUCCUCUGUGAUUUCUGUGUAUGUCCAACCUGGGAUUCCUCCUCUGCUUUGGGUGGGGGUAGCUGGUUGGAUUGGGACCAACCUCUGCUUUCCUCUCCCUUCCCUUGCUUGUUUGCCUGGAUAUUCCUUUUUCCUCCAGAGACUUCUGCUGCCCAGCUCGGGUACUGAGGUGUGGGGAGGAAAAGUCUCCCGCCGCACCGCCACGUGACGCUGUGUGCAGACAGGACACUGCUGAGCCUGUGGGAUGCACCCCUCCCCUCUGGCACAUGGAAGCCAGUUAAACAUCUGGAGAUGAUUGCAAAUGGUGAGAACAGCUCCCUUCGGUCCUCCCCUUGUGCUAUGGGAAAGUGUUAGCACCAGCAUUGUUUUCUUCACCCCACUGCUCACUGUCUUCACUCUUCCCAUUCUCUGGCCUGUUUUCACUUUCCUCUCUCCUUUCCACCUCUCCCUGUGGGCUGCAGGAUGGAUUUUUGCAGGAUGAUCACUGCCACUGUUCCCAGCUCUCUGUCCCACUGUUCUUAAGGAAUGGGAGCAAGUCUGUGGUGGUGCCCCAAAACUGGUGGUGGUGCAUGUGGUCUGAUCAUCGCCCCCCGUCCAAGGGGCCAGGGGGAGCUCUCAAAGCAGGGGCUGGUGGAAGUAGUUGCCUACCAUGCUGAGCUGCCGCAGCCCUGCUGCAAAGAUUUGGAAGUCUCUUCCCCUGGCUACCGGUCCCUGAGCUGGGGUCCUCUUCAUGGUCCCUGAGCUCCUACGCAGCUGGCUCUGCUUGCACACUCCAUAGCCACAUCCCAGGGCUAGAAUCCUGCAGGAUGUGGCUCUGCUCUUCCCUGUGGGAAGGAGGGACCUGGCUUAGGAAGGAGCCCCCUAGUUCAGCAGAGAGGCUGGGGUGAAGGUGCUUGUCUGAGGCUGGCAGAUUCCUGGGAAUAGGUUCCUGGGAAUAACAGCAAAGCUGCACGCGUUUCCUUUCCGUCAUUCUCCUCUCCCACAGCACCUCGUGAGGGACAGUGACCAAAUGUGCUUCUAGAGGGUGUGCAGCCAGUCCUGUGCACUCUGUCCCUGUGCAGGCACCAGGAGGAGCCACCUUAGAACCUCAAAGGAGGUAUCCUGUCCUUAAACUAGAGAGGAGAGACAGGAAGCCUUGCAGAGAGAGGAAGACGUGGCCUGUAGGCAGAGGCUUUGAGAUCUUUGGUGCCAAGCAUGACUAGCGUGCCACCCCCUGCUCUCCUCUCUGCAUAGCUGUUUUGCACUGCCCCUGGGCCAGCCAGAAGCAGUAGCUCAUGUCCUGCUCCCCAGCAUGAGGGAAGGAGGGGGGAAAGGAAAACUUGAGGCUGUUCUUUCCACCUUCCUUUCAUCUUCUGCCUCCAUCCUUGCGGGCUGAUCCCAGAUGCAGAUGGCACUUUCUCUUUUAGCGGGCAGCACAACUGCCAGGCGUGGUGUGCUUCCCAGAGGCAAGGGUUUGGACUUCUCUGUCAUUACGUCCUAGUGGUAAGGAAAUAAGUUAUUUAAGGGCAUUAAUUUAUGAUCAAGAUGUUUGUUUUGUUUUUUCUCUUUGAUUUUUUUUUUUGAGCUCCGUCGUCUCUGUGGGUGCCUGGAAGAAAGCCAUUCAUGGUCAAGCUGCUCUGGAAGAUUUAAACGGACUCUGAUGUACUGACUGUCGUCUCUAAUAAAGAAAAAGAUGACACUUCA